AUGAAGCCAGUAAAGCAUCAGUUGGCAGUUAGUGAUAAAGUGGUAAAUGUUCCAGAAUUAACUAAUAAAAAAGGACGACCUAGUUCACCUUGGUCAUCUAAAUCAAAGCAAAAACGUAAGGCAAAAUUAGUACGUGAUAAACUUGAACCGAUGGUCUUAAGAUCUCCACCAACAGGAGAAUCCAUUUUAAGAUAUGCUUUGCCUAUACCAUCAAGUAAGACAGAUGACUUCAUGUCAGAAGAGGAAUUGAUCAGGAAAGUUACCGAACAUCUGAAGAUGGUUGUUUCUACUUUGGAAGAAGCCUAUGGGUAUAGUAUUCAAAAUGGAGAAACACCAAUUGUGAAGCCUGAACAGGAAGGAUCAACUUUAUCUGUUGGGGAUGAUCUGAGUUCAUUCUUGAUAUGUUGUUCACAAUUUGCAGCUCAGUUAGAAGAAGCAGUUAAGGAAGAACGUAAUAUUUUGGAAUCUCUUUUUAAGUGGUUUCAGCGACAGGUCAAUCAGAUGGAAGAGAUAAGUAAAGAUCAAACUAUUUCAGAAGCAGAGUUGCCAGCAUCUGACACAACAGUCACUUUAAGCAUUGCACAACUAGUAAGCCAGGUGCAAAAACUUGAAGAACUGAAAAAUCGCCUUAAACAGCAGUCUAAAUACUCCUUAAAAACCAUGUUGUCUAAACCCACAGAUAGUGAAAAGCCAUCAGAUGCAGUACAACGUCACGAACAUGUAAAGCAGAAAAUUGAAGAAUUCAUAAAAACCCACUCAAGUGAAGAAGUUGUAGAUGUUUCUGCAAGUGAGCCACAAACUUCUUAUUCACUGCCUAAUCGAUUGAAUGCCAUGUUGAAAAUAUUUGAAAAACAGUCAAAUAUGUUGACGAGAGCUAUGAAUGAUCAAAGUUUGUUAGAGGCUAAAUAUAAACAGAUGCAAAGUGAUUUCCAAGUGUUAUCAGAAGAGAAAUUGUUGCUGGAAAAUGAACUACAAAAGUUGAAGGAUAUGGAGAAAACAAAGCCUACAUAUGAUCGAAUAAAGAAAACUGGUAAAAUGGAGAAGAAAAAAGACAGAGGAAAACCUGAGAAUUCAGAAAAGGACAAGCCUGUAGUUCAAGAGCUUAAAACAAAAGAAGAUUUGCUUCAAGUUCAGAAAGUAGCACAUGCUCUGGAAAGUGAGAACAAAAUCCUUCAGGAAAAACUGAAACAAGCUUUACAGGAAGCUGAAAGAGCUAAGCAUCAAGUGGACUAUUUCCUAAAUCAAGGGAAGAAGUUAGUUACAAGUGAGGGGAAGACCAAGACAACAAUGGAAAUGGAUAAUAGUAAAAUAAAAGUUAAAGGUGAAAAUUCAUUGGAGAAAGAAACAGGAAAAGCACUGGUUGCAGAUGCAAAUAGACAAAGGACAAGUGAUAAAAUCCAAGAACAUCAACAGAUCUCAGUUGUCCAAAAUGGAAGUCCUACUGAAAAAAGCUCAGAGAAGAAAAGGGCUAGCCCUGCUAUUUCAGAUCUUUCACAGAUCCUCAAAUCUCAAGAUGGAUCAGCUUUUUCAAAGAAUGCCAAUGAAGUUUUUGCUGAUGAAGACCCAUCCCAUAUACUUUCAUCAGAGACCCAUGAUAAAUCAUUUGCAAGAGUAUUAUCAAGCAGCGAAACUCAAGAUUCACUGCCUUCCAGAACAUCAAUCAAAGAAAUUCAAAAUUCACCUUCUGCCAGAACAUUGCUUCAAGGGAGUGAAACAGCGACAGCACCGUUUAUUUCACCCACUGUUGUUAUUAAAAGAAAGCCAAUGGGUAGUGAUAUCUCAAAGGCUGAUGUUUUAGAAGAGAAAUUACAAAGUAAUAUUGAAAAGCAAACUUCCCAAGAAGCAACAGAAUUUCAAGCUCAUGAUGGAGAAUCAACUGAAAAUCUUAUUCUUGAUAAUGAAGCAGUGUCAAAUACCGACAUGCAAAUGUUGAAAGCAGCUGCUAGAAUGAAGAGACGCAAUGCAUUUCUUAUAAUACAGGAAAAGGAUAGUAUAGCUGUUGAAGAUCAAUUACCUGAAGACAUAGCUUUAGUUUUAAGAAGCCAAUUUCAAGCUAAGAAUUUUGAAGCUACCAGAAAUGAAAGUUCUGAUACCCAUGAUGAAGUACCAGAUGAAAAGCUUAUGCUUGCACAUCAAGAUUCAGUUUCAAAAACCCAAAUGCAAAUAAAGAAACAAGGAACUCCCACAGAGGAAAGAUUCAAUACUCAUGAUAAAGUACUAGAUGAAAAGCUUAUGCUUGAACAUAAAGAAUCAAUGUCAAAAACCCAAAUGCAAGUAAAGAAAGAAAGAACUUCUAUAGAGAAAAGACUCCCUACUCAGGAUGAAGUGCCAGAUGAAAAUCGUAUGCUUGAGCACCAGGACUCAAUGUCAGAAUCAGAAAUUCAAAUGAAGAAACAAAGAACUCACAAAAUGGAAAGUCUUACUACUCAUGAUGACAUACCAGACAGAAAUCUUAUGCUUGAGCAUCAAGAUUCAGUGUCAAAACUCCAAAUGCAAGUAAAGAAACAAAUGACUUCCACAGGGGAAGAACACAACACUCUUGAUGAAGUAUCAGAUGAGACUCUUAUCCCCAAACAUCAAGAUUCAGUGUCAAAAACCCAAGUUCAAUUAAAGAAACAAAAAACUUCCAUAGAGGAACUACUCAAUACUCAUUUUGGAGUACCAGACGAAAACCUUAUGAUUGAGCCUCAAGAUUCAGUGUCAAAACUCCAAAAGCAAGUAGAGAAACAAAUAACUUCCAGAAGGGGAAGGCGCCACACUUAUAUGGGAGAACAAGAUGAAAAUCUUAUAUUUUUGAAGCAAGAUUCAGUGUCAAAUCUCCAAAUGGAAGUAAAGAAACAAAUAAUUUCCAGAGGAGAAAGACGCAAUACAUUUCCUCCUGAAAACCAAAAAAAUAAUAUGAUAUCAGUUGAAAAUCUGUUUCCUGAGGAGGAAGUUUUAUUUUCAAGAAACCAAUCUCAAACUAAGAAAUUUGGAGCUACCAGAGAGAAGAAUCUCCAUGUUAAAAAUGAAGUGGCUUCAGAACUUCCAGAUACUGCAGAAAAUCUUCCAGCAAUAAAUCCAUCAACUAGUGACCUAAUAUUGCAAUUAGAUUUAAACAAAGUCUUAGAGACUGAUGUAGAAUACUUGAAAGAUGUUAUUGGAAGACGGAUGUUAAUGGGGGAAAUGCAGAUGCAAGCAAAGAGUCUCCCUGAGACUGAUACAAAACACUUCCCAGAUGUCACUGGAAGAGGUACAAUAAAGGGAGAAAUCAAGACACAAUCAAAGAGUCGUUCUGAGACUGAUAGAGAACGCUUGACAGAUACUGUUGGAAGAGAAAAACUAAUUGGUGAAAUGACACAACUUAAGGGUCGCCCUGAUAUGAAUUUACUUAAAACAAGAUACUUGUCCACAGAAGAUCAAGAUGUUUUUACCAAGUACAUUGGACAAAGUAAAUUCUCAACAAAUGCAGUUAAUUUUUCACCCUUAGACAAUCAAGGACCCCCAAUGCUUCACCCACACAAACCACCAGCCUAUGACUGGCUCCCUAAGGGUGCUCCUGAAGCAUUAUUUAAAAACAAAAAUAUACUCUCACCUCAACAAGAAGAUUUCUCUACCAGGCACAUCACAGCAAAUAAAUUCCCAACAAACGUGAUCAAUUUGUCACCCUUUGCCCAAAAAGUUAUGCACACAGACAUUCAUCAAGAAUCUGCAUCAAAAGCUGUUCUAGAAGAAAUGCCAAAGAACAAAGACAUCCAGCUUGGAGAUGCUCAAGUUAAUCAGAUUUCCAAAAGAGAUUUACAACAAAAGGUGACCACUGGUAUAAGAAAGUGCCCCUUGCCCUGCCUGGCACCCCAGUCCUGUGACAGCUCAGAGCUCCAUACAGAUAGAGAAGCAGAGGCUGGGGGAAGCACAGGUGAAGGAGAGCACUCUUCCUGCUGGUGCUCCAGAUCGGCCAUCAGCCAGAGUGGCACACACAGAGAAAAGCAGUCAGUGGUCGGAGCUGGGAUGCCCCUAACCAUGCUGGGCCAAGAAUAA